AUGCUUUUUUUAGCUGACGAGAUAGUCAAUGAACAUCUAUAUAAAUCACGAUUCUUAUCUGGCUACAUUGAGAAGACAAAUUCGCUGGAUACUAUCAUGUCGCCCCAAAUUCUUUUAAUACUCUUCGCAGUGUUCGCUUCUUGUCUUCAAAGAAGUACUGCAAUGGAUUCUGACGAAUCGUUCAAGUCAUUGCUCGGAAUGCAAAGUCGGGACAGGCCACCGAGCAAUGACUCAGUCACAACGUCAGCAGAAAAUUCAGCAGAUUAUAUGUUACGUCUCCUUAAGAUGUUUGGUCCCAUCCAAGGAAACACUAUGCUUGGUUUCACAGAUAUUGAUGGCAAGAGCGACAGGCAUCUGAAAUUCAAUAUUUCAUUUCAAAGAACGAAAGUGCUGACAUUUGCUGAACUUCAGCUUUACAAACUUCCUCUCAAACUUCCCCACGAAAAUUUCACCUCGACAGCGUCAGUCUUCAUCUUCGACAUUCACAGUGGACAGAGGUUGUCAUCUCAAACUGUCUCCAUGGAGACAGUUGGUUGGAUAAACUUUACAUUACCAUUGGACGUCAUUAAUGAAUGGAAUGAAAAGCCAGAUCGAAACACUGGAAUCAAAGUGAACAUCAGCGACACAACGAUGUCACCUUUAAUCAGAUUUGCGACAAAAGAAAUAAACUCUAGUUUGGAAAUGCUUCUUCUCAUUCAUACCACGGAUCUGUCGAAAAGUUUCCCGAAACUGGGCAUCAAUUUCACACCCAUCGCUAACCCACCGAGGCGCAUGCGCAGGUCAUUACACCCCAAUCAUAAAGGACCUUGUGGACGUCACGAACUGAGCGUGCAUUUUAAAGACCUAGGGUGGGAUGAGUGGAUUAUUGCCCCCAGUAAGUACUCAGCGUAUUACUGCGCAGGAAAAUGCAAAAAUGCUGACGUCAACAUAGAGACAACAAAUCACGCCCGGAUACAGUUAUUCUUAAGUGAACAUGACUCGAACCCGCCAGCUUCACCUUGCUGCGUCCCAGGCGAAUUAGGAUCCAUUGACCUGUUGUUCAACGGCGAACCAGGGCAAAGCACUUACAUCCUCAAGAAAAUGGAUGAAUUUGUAGUGAUGUCCUGUGCCUGUCUGUGACGACGCAAAACCAAACAGACAACGCAAAACCACAGCUCGCCCAAGACGAUUCUCUCCUUCCGCCAGGGGAGAGAAGAGUCACAGAAGAACUUAUUCUUAUGUUUCAGGCUGGCAAGAUGUUUUACUGAGUUGGCAUCUUGUUACACAGGAUUUUUUAGACUUGUAGAUAUCGGACAGUCAACCAUCUACAAAUAUGACGGAGAAAUUCAAUUUGUUUUUAGCUGAAACUAAAAGUCGUGUCGAUGACUUUCGUGACGAUCUUAUCAGUAAAGCUUUUCGAUGCGAAAUUGAUUACCUAGAUUAGCCUUUUCUCUUUCUAACAAAAUUUAGCAACCGCCUGAUCGACCGCAAAUAAAGAAAAACAUGUGAAAAAGUAAUUAAAUCAGCGUUUAUGGCACCAACAAGGAACUAUUUAGAAAUAGCAUUUUCACUCGUUGAAAACAAAAAUCGAAGAUGUCUCCAGGAAAGUGUGCAGUGAACUGGAACCCACGAUCAUUUGAAAUAGAAUCAUUCUGAAACACAGACCGGCUAAGCGGUCCAUAAUGGUAAUUGAUGGAAGUGGAAUGCUAUUUGGUCUAAAAUGAUACGAGUGACUUCAAAAUUGAACGGGCGCACAGCGCGAGUUUAAUUUGAAAUCACAAGUAUGAUUUCAGACCAA